CAUGUCAGAGAAUCAGAAAGGACAAGCGGCGCCUGUUUCAAUUUCAAGCUUCUUGAACUAUUGAGCUUACAUAUUAUAUUAUUGUAAUCUUAUUCUUUUGGUGGGAAAAUAGUACAGAAUUGAGAAUCUAGAACACAACUAUUCUCUGGUGCGAUAGCACCUGAAGCUGAGGAUCUUCCUUAUGUAUCAACCACACUUACUUCUGGAUUUCAGGUUUGCUAUGGUCCCCAUCAAACUGAGCAACAGCAGGAUUGUGUAGUACUUGACACUGACAGUGACAUUGUGCGGCUGUGCAGUAUGGCAUCUGGAGGUGAAGGUGUAACUGUUUGGUAUCAACGAGAGGUUUCAUUGUCCCCAAGACGAAGGGGAUGUCAUUAUAUUUCAGAUGAAAUUCUAAAAGCUUGCUCUGGAGAAAUGAGUAAAAUAAAAGUCGGAGUGGCCAAUAUUCACAUCAAGCAUACAUCGGCCAGUAUAAUUCUUAAUGAGAAUUUUGAUCCUACGGUUUUGACUGACAUGGAAAUGGUGUUAAAUAAACUUGCUCCAGAGAACCUGAAUUACAAACACACAAUGGAAGGGCCAGAUGAUAUGCCUGCACAUGUGAAAGCUGCACUGAUGGGCAGCAGCCUCAGUGUCCCUAUUACUAAUGGGAAGUUCAACCUUGGAACCUGGCAGGGAGUUUGGCUCUGUGAGCACAGAGAUCACGGAGGAGCAAGAAAGCUUGUGGUAACAAUGAACGGAUUAAAGAAGUAAGCCUGCGUCUCUUGGUUGCUGGGUGAAGAUUUUUCCUGUGAUACCCCUUGCCAAGCUGCCAGAGGAUCUUUUGGUGGUUUUUACUUCUCCUAUUGAAGCUUAUACUUCAUACAUGUUUUGAUCUUAUGUAAACUUAAGGAUUUGUCCUGUUCCUAACUCAGGUUAUAUCAGUAAACAUAUAGGAAUAUACAGUCUAGCAUGCUCAUUGUUAACACGUACACAGCGAAAAACACACAUAGCAAACAAUUCUUCAGAUCUUGAAUUUUUUAAAAGAUAUUCUUUGUGUUCAUAACACAUUCAUUGCUUAACUAUUUAUAAUAAUUCAUCUAACCAAAAAAAAAAUGCAUCUGCAAA